CUAGUUGGGUUCGUUACCACUGAGCCACGAUGGGAACUCCCGGGACCUGGUUUUGACCCCCAUCUCUGCACAUGGGGCUGAACUCCCGAGCCCGCAGGGGCUCUGGGCUGCUGUCUCUCCAGCUUGGAGUGUUUCCAUGUACACUCAACCCCCAGGAUCCCAGGAGCAGCCCUUCUUAGGACACCCGUUGGGGGGGGCUUUCCGAUCCAGCCCAGGGAAGCUUCAGGACUGACCCCUAUCAGCUUGUUGGUGCAGCUGCCGCCCCAAGGCUGUGAGUCUCGCUCUGGUUGGGAUGCAUGGAGCAAGGCUGGCCCUGGGAUGCUGUGGUCAGUGUGCCUGCUGUGUCCCCUCCUCCAUUCUACUUUCAUUCAAACCACACCUCUGCUGUCCCCCUUGGUGCCUGGUUCUGGGCGCUGUGCACAUCCUCCGUCCUCUUGUAGCCUUUGCAUCAUACCACACCCUCCAUGAGCUGGGCAAACGUUCCUGGCACUUGUCACCCUGCUCCACGGUAAGCAUGGCCCGUGGCCUGUGUCCUCGGCCCCAUUGGACAGGCCAGGAAGCUGGGUCUGAGGGGCUGAGCCUGUCCGGCUUUCUCCUAGACCCUGGCUUCUCUCCCUCAGGGCUGGACCCCUCGGCGGCAGUGGCUCCUGCAGCAGCCCCCAAGAUGCCACGGCGUUUGCAGGCCACCGUGGCCUUUGUGGUUGUGACUGUGAUCUUCUCUCUCAUGGUUCUCUUCAUUGUGGAUCCCUACCACGCUGUCAGGGGGGCGGAGCUCCAAGAGGCUAUCCAGAUGUUUAAAAGACAGCAGAAUUCCAGCACCUACCAUGUGGAGAUCGAGAAGUUGAGCUGCAGAGUCGACAAGGUCAGUUCUGAGCUCCAGCUGCUUGGUGGUCAUCUAGAAAAUGCCAGCGCUGACAUCCAGGUGGUCAAAGGCGUCCUAAAGGAUGCCAGCACAUUGAGUGUCCAGACCCAGGUGUUAAGGAGUUCCUUGGAGGGGACCACUUUUGAGAUCCAGAGGCUAAAGGGAGAUCUGGAAGAGGCACAGGCAUUAAAUUCCCAGGCCCAGAGUUUCUUAAAAAGCAGCUUAGAAAACACUAGCACUGAGCUCCACGUGUUAAGCGGAGGCUUAGAAAAUGCCCACAUGGAGAUCCAGGUGUUGAAGGCUGGGCUGGAAAUGGCAAAUGCUCAGGCCCAGAUGGCAAACAGUAGUUUAAAAAAUGUUGAUGCCCAGAUCCAUGUGUUGAGAGGCAGUCUGGAUGGGAUCGAUGAUUUAAGGACCCAGCAUCAGGUUUUGAGAAGCAGCUUGGAAGGUGCCACUGCUGAGAUGCAGAGGCUAAAGGGAAGUCUGCAAAAUGCAAACGCUCUCAGCGCCCAGACCCAGACCUUCCUAAAAGGCAGUUUAGACAACACCAGUGCUGAGAUCCAGGUAUUAAGAGGUCAUCUGGAAAAGGCAAGCAGUGAGAUUCACUUGUUAAAAAGAGAUUUGGAAACUGUCACGGCCCAGACCCAAAUAGCCAACACUCACCUGGAGCAGACAGAUGCUCAGAUGCACGUGUUCAAAACAGACCUGGAAAGCACCACUGCCUUAAAAGCCAAGAUUCAGAUGUUAAAUGAUCUUUUGAGAAAUGCCAGCCAAGAGAUACAGACCCUAAAACGAGGACUGAAGGAUGCCACGGCCUUAAAUUCCAAGGCCAGAGUGUUGGAGAGAAAUCUGCAGGAGGCCAGGGCCGAGAUCCAGAAGUUAAAAGGGGAUUUAGAGAACACCAAAACCCUGGCUACGAGAAUCCAGGAGGAGCAGAGGCGACUGGAGGCCCUCCACGUGCCCUCUGCUUCACAGGAGCAGCUCCAGAGGACCCAAAAUCAACUUCUCCAGCUGAUCCUGCAAGGCUGGAAGUCCUACAAUGGGAACUUAUACUACUUUUCUCAAGUUAAGAAGUCUUGGCAGGAGGCUGAGCAGUUCUGCGUGUCCCAGGGAGCCCACCUGGCCUCGGUGACCUCCGAGGAGGAGCAGGGCUUUGUGAAACAGUUCACGAGUUCCUCUUACUACUGGAUUGGCCUCACUGACAGCGGUUCCGAGGGCAUCUGGCGAUGGACAGAUGGGACACCAUUCAAUAAUGCACAGAGCAGACGGUUUUGGAGCGAGAAUCAGCCAGACAACUGGAAACACCAGAACGGGCAGAGGGAAGACUGUGUCCAGAUCCAGGAGAAGUGGAAUGACAUGUACUGCACAGCCCUCUUCCAGUGGGUCUGCAAGAAGCCCCUGGACCGAAUGUAGCCUGAGGGCAGGGGGGAGCUGAGACCCUUCUCCAAGACACGUGGGAGCUCGUGAACUCAACUUGUUCUCUGGGGUCUUCCAUUCGGUCUUUGUUUUUCCUGCCCUGUCCUUUAAAAAAAAAAAAAAUCUUUCCAAUGUGUUUACAUCAUAUGACCCGGCAUAAUCAACAACUCCUCAAGGCAAGGGCCUUGUUGUGUUCUGUAUCUCCUGGGCAACCAGCACAGGCCUGUCAGACGGCAGGUCCUUAAUAAAUGCUCAGACAAACGAAA